AGUUCGGUUACCUAGGAAACAAAAACAAACCAAGCGACAGGAUUGUAUUUCUAAUUCGCUGCAGCAGCUGCUUCGCUGUUUGGAAAAUCAAUUUCUUUUUACACAUUCAUACAAGUUAAUAGAAGCUUUAAGAAUGACGCUAAACGAAACGCAAACUGGAAAUGUGCCUCCAUCGCCAGCCGGUUAUCAGAUGCGUCCCGAGUUAAGUGAAACAUUCAAAUCGGAAAAGAUACGUGAAAUCAUCAACACUGUAUUGACCGACACUCUUACUGGGCAAACAUACUCGGCGGCAGAUGCAUCUCGCUGGACGAAAUCGAUGGCGGAUGAAAUAAGUUUACAAGUGAAGGAUCUGCAAAUGCAUCAUUACAAGCAUGUGGUUCAGGUGUGGCUGGGGCAACAACUCGGCGCUGGAUGCAAAUGUGUGGCCCGCUGCCGUUGGGACACGGAGUGUGAUAACUACGCAACGGCCGAAUUUAAGAACUCAACCAUGUUCUGCGUGGUGACAGUUUAUGGUCUCUAUCUGUAUUGACGGGAAACUGGUAAUGCGCUGGAAUACAGGCUGCACGAGCAAGGGAGGACGGUGGAGCAUUACUGUGUCAUCAGCGCGAAUGGCUACUUCAUCUGAUUUGCGAUGAUGGUGAUGAUGAUGAUGCUCGAAGUGAUAUUAAACUUUUUGUGUUGAGUGAAGUUGCUUAAAUGUACAUAAA